AUGGUGAGCAAAGCAACUUGUGGGAUACAAGCUCUUCCAAAAUACCACCACCGCGUCCGCCGUAUAAUCGGGGGUGCUAAGGCACAGCCAGGAAGUUGGCCGUGGAUAGUCAGCAUUCAGAUGCCCACAACUAGUGGCUACAAGACUAUAUGUGGUGGAACAAUCCUAAACAAUCUCUGGGUUCUGACAGCAGCACAUUGCAUGUAUAAUUACCAGAAUUACUGCAUUAGCUACACCUAUUUAGCAAAAGUUGUGUUUGGAGCAAAUGAUUUGUCGCAACUGGGACCAGAGACCAAAAUCCGAACAAUAAAAGAAUUCAUACGACAUGAACAUUUUGUGAAUGAAUCUAAGGAAAAUGAUAUUGCCCUGAUCCGUUUAAAUGAAGCGGUUGAAUUCAGUGACUACAUACAGCCCGCCUGUUUGCCUCCGGAAUCUUCUAAAGUAUCUGAGAUGGAUGACUGCCACAUUGCAGGAUGGGGUGUUCUAGAGGAAAUAAAUAACACAUUGACCGAUACCAUGCAAGAAGCCACAGUGGAAAUAAUCGAUUCCAAACGCUGCAACAGAAGCAACUGGUACAAUGGAUUUAUAAACGACUACCAAAUCUGUGCCGGCUAUGAGCAAGGAGGCAGUGAUGUCUGCCUGGGUGACAGUGGUGGCCCGUUAAUGUGCAAAAAGAAAAGAGCUGCACUCUAUUAUGUUGUUGGAGUAGUAAGCUGGGGAGGAAUCUGCGGCCAAUGGCACAUGAAUGGCGUAUAUACCUCUGUCCAGCAUUUUGAACAAUGGAUUCUUAACAAAAUUAAAAGUUCGCAAGAUACAACUGAAGAUAAAAUGGAAGAAACCUCUUUAUCUACUAAAGAGAAUGAAGAAAAUAUUGAAUUCACAAUUAAGAAAAAGAAUGAUAUAGUUAAAGAAGACACUGUGAAAUAUAAAACAAGUCAAAAGGAAUUUGUGUUUAAUAACCAUGAUCCAAAUAGUAGAUUUCAUAUUAUGGAAACCUCAUCUAGGAAGAUAACCACCGGAAAUAUGGAUCUAGAAAACACAUUUUCUAAUGGGCUGACCAGCGAUGCACCUUCUCAAAGACUGUUUCAAGCAGAGGCUUAUAUUCUGCUCAUUGCUUGUCUCAUCUACCUGUUCCUCCUCUUCUAACUCCCUAUGUGCUGGAAACCAAACUGCAUUGGUGCUUUGUACGUCCAACCUGCAGCAACCCCUGCCCAAGUCUUCCCCUGGGUUUGUAAGGCUGACCUGAUUA